AUGGCGGGCGCUGCGGCGGAGGCCGGGGCAGCCUCCCUGGAGAGGCUCGAGGGCCUCGCGCACGAGGUCCUGCGCCUCCGCUCGCUCCGCCGCCGCCACGGGGAGCUCCGCGCCGAGCUGGCUCAGGCGGAGGUGCGGCUGAGGCGGCUCUCGGCGCACUCCGUGCUGCAGUUCCACAGCUACCUGGAGCCCUCGAGGAGGAGAAGGGCGGUGCAGCCCGCCAUCUCCGAGCUCCUGGAGGGCCUCUGCGCCGCGGGCGGCCCGGCGCCCGGCGCGCCGGAGGACGACGAGCUGCCGCACCUGGGCCGCCUGGCGCUGCUCGACCAGGCCAGGCAGCUGCUGCGCGACGCGCACGAGCUGACCGGGAGGCUGCGUAGCCUGCCGCCCAUGUGCCCGGCAGAGGCGCGGGAGCGGGCGCCGCGGCUGCUGAAGACGAGCUACACGAGGGUGCAGGAGCCGGAGGUGGACAAGUGCUGCGAGACGCUCUGCGCGUGGCUGGCGGCGUUCUACGCCUACUCGGCCGUCGCGGAGCAGGUCCAGCCCGUGGCCCUGGAGCUUGCCAGGCAGGAGGCUCGCCUGCGGCAGCUGGCCCAGACCAGGACUCUCCUGACGCGAGCGACGCUGUCGCCCUCGAGGACGCCGCCGCCGCCGCCCCCGCUCGGGAGGACGACGCUCUCGCGCACGGACGCGCCCGCCCCGCAGCUCAGCCCCGCGGCGGCCUCCGGCCGGCCCGCGCGCGUGGGCGGCGCGCUCCGCUGCCGCCGCAGCGCGGCGGAGCGCGCCGCCCGAGAGCCGCCGCCCGCCGCAGCGGCCUCGGGCGCUGACGGCCCCGCCUCGCUGGACUCGGCGGCGCGCAGCGCGGGCCCCAGAUCUCAGCGCGUCGAGCAGCUGGCGCCGCCCCCGGCGAGCACGCUGCUGCAGUCGAUGCACGCCAGUCGCUCGGGCUCGGCCCCGGCGCACAAGGCGCUCGGCAGGGCUGCGGCCGUGAAGGGGCUGGGGCUCGUCGAGCGGCUGCCAGGCCUGGAGCAGAGAGUUGGGGCCGCAGAAAGCGGCACUGGCGUCCCACUCGCGAGGCCGGUGGCGGUGGACAUGCGAAGCUCGUCGGAGGGCGUCUCCAUCUCCGCCCUCCUCUCCGAGCCUUCAGGGAAGGCGUGCAUCUUCUUAGGUGCCGCCCUGGGGCACACCAAGUGCGGCGAGAAGUCGAACACGUUGGUGCUGCGCAAAUUUGCCAUAUGCAGGCAUGUGACCUCGGACAGCACGCUCCUCUCAGAAGCUGCCAGCUGGCGCAUGUCAUUGCAGAACCGCUUGGGCACUCUGUGCUUUCUCUCGUGCACAAAACACGACAGGAGGCAUCCGAACUUGAUCAGGAGCUGCGUCACCAUCAGCAGGAGCUGCUUCACCGUCGCCGAGUGGGAGUGCUGUGACCUUGGGCUCUGCAGCGCGAGCUGCAUCUGCGGCAGGGGGCGCUCGGGAUACGUCGUGAGUGUCGACUUCGUGAAUGGGGCCGACGUGUUUUUCAUGUGGCCGCAGCGGAUGGCGGCGCACGCCGUGGCUGCGGGGUGCCCGGCCGCGCCGCGGGGUGCGGGCGUUGCCUCCGAGCGGCUGCGGGCCCAGCGGGCGAGCCGCCAUGGUCUCUCCAUUGGGCCCUUCUCCGAGGCCGUCGGCCACGCGUGCCCCGGGCUGGGCAAGCUGACGUAUUCGUUCGGCGAGGUCAAACUCGGCGACCGCCUGAAGGUGAAGCCCCACGAGGGCUUCCACGUCAACGGCAAGGAGUACUACCGGUCUGGCGACGAGGGUGUGGUCACAGAGAUCAACGGCGACGGCGACGAGAGGAAGGCGACGGUGCGCUGGCCGCGGACGAACCGUACCAGCGUCGCGCGGCUUUCCUCCCUGCAGAAGAGGUUCUUGCACGUGAAGGUGGAGCUGGCGGGCCCAGCGAAGCGGCCAUCCAGCGUCCGUGGCCUGCUGCCGCAGUCCAAGGUGCACCGCUCCGCGUCAGAACAGCUUCUGGUGCACCAGCAGCGCGUGGGAGGCUUCGUGACGAUGGACCCCUUGGUGAAGCCGCUCGUGGUGGCCAUGAGGAUCGGCUCCCAGGUCGAUCACGAUGACAUCGACGAUGCGACCGUGCGUUGCACGACCGAGCUUUUGGCGCCGACGGACCGCUUGAUGGUCAGCGCCUCGAUCUUCGAGCGGAUCACGGACGUGUCGCACAAGAAACACCAGCGGGCUCUCACGUUGACUGGGGCGGCCUGCAGCAUCAUUGACCGUCACGCGUCGCAUUGCAUUGAGAAGAAUGCAGUCAUGAACGCAGUGGGCGGCGAGCUUCUGCAAUAUUUUGAGUUCGCCUGCUACGACGAGAGCCCCAUGAAUGCAACUACUUGGGCUGGCCAUGCUAUUUCAGACGUCGUCUUGCCACCAGCUGAUCGCCCAGCGCAGUCCGACUCGUCCAUCGUUGUCGCCACGGGGUUUCAAGCGGCGAUUGAGGACAAGAAGAGCGAUAUGAAUACGAAGCUCUUGCAGACCCUCGCCUCGACCGUAGAGCACAUCAUCAAGACAUUGCGCGGUGAUUGGUCGUCGGCUCGACCAGGCUGCACAAGCCACCACCUCGGCACUUGUUACGAGAAGUCGUUGUCCCUUUUGAAGGUUAACCUGGCGGGGAUGGUCAGUUUUUCUCGGUCGCUGCAGUACAUGGCAGAUCUCAUGUGUUUCAAGAGGUGCAUCUACGAGCACGUGAGGGGGAACAUCCAAGUGUUGCAUGGGGAAUGCUCUCCAGAUGCACGUUCCCAUCGGCUUCGAAUGAUUGCGCUGUUCACGAGUACGAAGGCCAAGGACAGGUUGGCGCAGCAGGUGUUGUUGUCGCAGCUCCCGAAUGGCGAUUGGCGAGAUACGACCACGGUGCAGUACUACAUGAAACCUGGCACAGCUUCGAUGUCCGAGGCUGCCAUCUCGCACAUGGUGGCUGCUGCUCUGAGCUCGGCUCUGGCGGCUUCGAAGCCCUCGACCUAUCGAGCUGAUCGGUGGACAGGGGCUGAGGCUGCGACCGACGAGGCCUCCAUCGGGAUAGCAGUCCACAAUAUCUUCGGGCAUGCGUACAGGCGGAUGCUGGCGAUCAAGAAGCAGGCCGUGCCGUUGGUGCCGAGACGAGGUGGUCUCGCUGCUAAUGAAGUUUACCACGUUCGCCGCGACCGCGACGUCGGGGGCGACGCGCCCGCGAUCGCGGACGCCGAGGGCGACGGCGGCGGGGCGGGCGGCGCCGACGAGAUGAUUGCUGGCACGAAGGCCGACAAGGAGAGGAUGAUGGCGGCCAUCCGUUCUCGCAGGCAGCGGGCAGCAGCGUGGUUGGAGCAGGGGCCGCUGGGGUUGCAGAUCGUCUCGCGGUGCGCCAUGGAGUGCACGAAGACGAUGGCCGAGCUCAACUUCAAGAUUCACUCUGCUGCGUGGGGGCGCAGCCAGACAGCCAGCGCCGCCAGGGCGCUGAUCAACGGCGAGGCCAGCUUGCUCAUCAGGGACUUUGCAGGUCUUGCUGUCGCGAGGGGGGACGUGGACAAGGCGGGGUACCGCAAGCUCGCGGCGCUGUACGACAACAAGGUGAUGUGGAGCGUGCUGCCUGGUGACUGCACCACCGUGGAGUUCCGCGCGAUGAUCUUCUCGCUCCUCAGUCGGGUCGGCUGCGUGACGGAGUGCAAGGUUUCUCACGAUCGACGGAGCUACCCCACGAGGGUCCUGAGGCUUCUCGAGCGCCCCGAGCUGGGCCCCAUCAUGGCGCAAACUUCAGAGUGCGUGCUGACAGAUUGGGUCAAAGAGUUGAUUGUGGACCACCCUACCCUCAACGACGACGAGUGCCUCGCAAAGUUGCUGUGCGUCGCUUGGAAGUUCAGGAAAGACAAUGCACGGGUCGAGAACUAUUUCGCAACCACUCGUCGUCAUUUGGUGUCGAAGUCGUGCCAGACGCACCGCAUGACCUUUGAGGACUUGAACUCUGAGUGGGUGCGCAUGCACGUUCGGAAGAGGUUCGCCAACCAGCGCCAUCGCAAGCUUGCCAAACCACCGCAACAAAGACAGAAACAAGUCAAGAAAACCAAGAAGGCUCGCGGCGGUGGAGGCGUCGCGAGGUUGUUCUUGCGGCAGUGCCUGAUGAACGCUGGAGGCAAGAUGACGAUGGCUGAGGCGCAUCGCCGUCGUCGAGCCCUGACGCCAGAACAGCUGGCUCGCCUUGCAGAGCCUGGCCGCUUGGCUACGCUUGCACACCGACGUGGGCUGCCUGGUUCGUCAUUUGGUCCAACUGCGUCGAGCUCGAGGCGACGCUCGGCCGUGGGUGCCAGGGCUGCCGAUGGCCUCCAGGUGGCGGCGGCGCUGCCUCGCGAUCGUCUUGACCAGGUCCGUGCCAUGUCAGAGUCUUUCGCCAACACUGACGAUUGCUUGAAGCACCUUCGCAGGAUGAGCGCCGCGGCUUCGCGGCGGCGGACCCAGGAGCUCAACGCUGACGACGACGUGAUCCAGACUUACGUCGAGGGCUUGGGCAGGGAGAGUGUGGUAGAGAGCGUUUCACAUCCAAUGCAGGAUUGCAUAUUAUCGGGAUCUUGGGCGUCUGUUCCACUAUCUGGCAAGGUCAGGUGUUUCGAGUCUGCUUUCGACAUGGGCGGCUUCAUAUCGAAGGCAUUGGGGUGGGCGUCUCACCAGACUCACCGUGCCAACCUUUGCACUAGCUUGGAGGCGUACUGGCAGGAAGUAUGCAGCCUUGUCCUGGGUUCGCAGGGGCCGCAGUUGGAGACCCACAAGGUGCAAACGCAAAGCCAGUGCCAGCGCGCAGAGUUCUGCGUUCAUAAGGGCCAAGGCCUACAAUUGGCCCAGCGGGUUUCCCGAUUCCUUACAAUCCUGAAGUCAAUUGCAAAAGUUGGGACGUUCGAGCGAGACGCUGUUGAUCGGGGUCGGGUUGUUGCUCAUUUACACGGCGGUGGUGCUCUCGGCUUUGAUUCACUGGACGUGUGGCUCCACAUUGGGCUUCAUUAUUGGUCACCUUAUGAACCUACGUUUCAGAUUUUGACGCAGAUCCCAGAUCCAGGCGAGCUGGCUUUCACCCCGAAUCGUGUGUACGUUCAGGCGCGCAGGGAGUUCAAGGUGAUGUACCAAGCGCUGCUUCCACUUCUUGACAGGCCUGAAUGGAGCGCGCAGUGGUUCGCCCUUGAGUCCACGCCAGACGAUGGGGGAGCUGAGCCAGUCGCUGACGCAUACGACGAUGGCGAUGGUGCCGAUGGGGCCCGUGAGCACGGCGGCGGCGACGACGUGGCGGCCCUCGUCGACGAGCUAGACGAGGGCGAGGUUGGCGACGGCAUGGCGCCUGGAGGCGGGCUUGAUGAAGGACAUGGCGACCGCGCGCCGCACGAGGGCGGCGCAGCGGGCGGCGCCCCACCUGGCGAGGAGGCGGAGGCUGCUGCCGUGUGCCCGAACAAGGCGCACGGCCGAUGCAUUGUGAGGAGGACGCCGAACGAGAAAUUCAUUGGCGCGGACGGCAUCCCGCGUGGCGGGCGGCCAUGCGGUUUCUUGGCUGCGUGGCUCGCCGUGUCGCACCUUGCCGAGACCCGCGAGGAGCACUCGUCCAGCGAGUUCCUGAGGAACUCCAUCGGGGAUGCUGGGAUCAGGCUUGCAGAGCGGACGCAGGUUGCGCUUUUGGGCUUCGAGCGGGACUUAGCCGCGGCUGCUGGCGAGCCUGAGGAGCCUGCCGACUUGAUCGGGCUACUCUGA